UUACCUAUGGUAUGUACCGCAUCGCCGAAGUUAGUGUUCGCACAUUUAUUAAUACCAUAAAGCGCACUAAACACUUGGUGGCAACUUGGCCGGACUUCCGAGACAACACUAGGAGGAUUCUGGAAGCAAAACUCGGGCAUUAUUUUCAAGAAGAAAUACUCUACUUUUGAUACGUAGCCAUGUAUUUACCAAACUACGCACUGUACGGGACUAGACUUGAUUGAAAUUUGUGACUGGGUUUGGCGGUGCUUUCCAAUACAAACAUCAAGUAUAAAGGAUUUGUAUUGACCCGGAAAAAAAUCGAUCGAGUUUUCUGGUACAUGUUGCUGAACUGAGCAAGCCCAGCAUCGCUACCAUGUUGAAUAGACGCCAAUGAAGACACUAGUCAGCUGACAGCCUCAACUUCGAGUAUAGACCUCUCCACACUGUCAAACACCACUCUUCUAUACAAAUUCAAGAUAGUGCGUGUCUCCAUUGAAUCUUAUCAACCGCGUCAGCUUAACCUUAUUUGAGCAGCUUACUACAGUGAAGUGCGUCGAUAAGGAACGGGCGACAUUUUAUAUUCUACGACAAGACAUGAAUCCUCGCUUGUACCCAUUGUGUGCCAAUUGUACUGAAUUAGUUAUACGAUUCUACCAAUCAUUCGGUCCCGUUUAACAUUCCGCCAAUCACAGUUCCGAAACCGAGCCUCAAGAGCGGCUGGAUGGAGCGGCUCCCAAGUCGGGGAAAAUGGAACCUAAAGGUCGCGAGAGGGAAUCAUGAGCAUGAGGAUCGCUGUGAGCGCGGGAAUCGCGCCAGGUACAUGUCUGCAUGCCUCAUUAACCAACUUUCGCUCUGCUGCUCACAACUCCCAUGGUGACCGCCACUUCCAGACCGUUCCAGAGGCGGCUACGUCUGACCAAGCUUCAGUCGCUGCUAAUCUGUCAUCGCCGUCGUGAUCUACCGGGUGCUACCUAUGCUGAGUUGGCUGCGUGGGCUCAAGCCGAGACUCUGGUCGCGAAGUCCGACAUGAACUACAUAGUGCAGUAAAUCAGUGCAUUUGCUGUCUGCAUGUGACGAGUCAAACCUUUAAUUAUCAAUAUACCUUUUUCUUUCAAUGUAUAUCAGGCGUUCCUUAUCGACGCACUUUACUGUACCGGUAGGCGUUAUUCGAGCUGUUCAAUGGAGUUAGUUCAUUUAUUACGCUUGAAACAGCUCUCCACGAGUUUGUUACCAAUCUUACCGAUAGCUUACCGGGUGCGGCUAUAAUUUUGACCCGACCCAAAGUCGGUUUUUCGUCCAUUGCAAAAAAACGGUUACAGCUUUUUCGAUUCUGAUUGUUGCAUCUGUUUUCUAUCGAUUUUAGACGAAUCAUAAGCAGCGGUUUGGCGCCGAAAGCACAAUCAUUGGUUUAAAAAAAUAAUUUUUGGGGUGCGGUUAUAAUUUCGGCGCGCACUGUAUAUCACGUAGAUGCGGUACCGUGUUUCUGGUACAAAACUGAGGGAAGAAAAAUCCAACCGGCCAUUUCCACAUUUCCCCUCCAAGCCUUGUCCUGUAGCGCCACCGCCCACCGGGACUAGC